AUUCUGGCCAGCUUUAUUGGACCUGCUCAAGGCUUUCAGUUCAAACACACAUUACAGGUUUACAACGACUACAAACAAUGUUAUAGUAGACUGAAGCAUUUAUCUUUUCAACACAUGUUUCUAUUAUGACAGACAUCACACCAGAGUUCAACAAAUUGCUGAAAGAGCUUAAUGCUCCUCCUACAGCAGAUCCCUCUCUGACCCUUCGGAAUAUUGAUGAGUUCUUAAAGGAGGCAUAUCGAAUAGUACGUCAUAGCGAUCACUCUUCCGCUGAUAUAACUUACUUAUAGACUCUAUCAGAACUCACAUAUAGCUUCAUUGAAUAUCUAUCUAAGGGAUAUCCGACAAUCCUAUCUUUCAACAGCACCCCCUCCAAGGCGAACAAACAUAUCUUCCAAAACGAAACAAUGGCGACAUUUGAACGACCGCCAGCGCGAAGAAAUCGAUGCCGAAACGAAAAAAUUAUUACGCGAACUAAAUGUUAGUAUACGAAGUAUGGAUGAGGCUGAAGGCAUACGAUAUACCGCCGAGGCACUGAUAAUUCAAAAUAAAUAUGCACGAACUUUGGGAAGAUUUGGAAAUUGGGCAGCAGGAGGCGGAGAACAAUCAAAAUCCAUGGAGCAAGAGUUGGAAGAGGCAAAACCAAAUGCAAUCAAGAUGCAUCGGGAUAGUGUGGUGUGGUAUCUACGGCAAAAGCUUUCAGAAUGUGGUACACUCCAAGCUUCAAUGAUGGAGAAGAGAAUCAUGAGGGAGAUGGAGAAGAAUAAGAGUAAUCUUGCAAAAUCUCGAGCAAUAAUGCCGGAUAUCGUGGGCUUUGGAGAGUCAUCAUCGACAAAAUAUACUUCAAGUGGAAAUGCUCACCUGGAGGCACAAUCACCAUCACAAACCUCCUUCCCUGAACAAGGACUGAGUCCGGAACAAAUACAAAUGUUUGAACAAGAGAACCAUGAUAUGUUGAAACAUUAUCAGAGUACCUUGGAUCAGGUCAAGUAUGUUCAUGGUGUUCAUCGAUGGCUAUUGACUUUAUGCUAACUAUAUUGCAGAACAGCAGAAAAGUCCUUGAUUGAAAUCUCGGAGCUUCAAACGCAACUCUUGAAUAGUGUAGCAUCACAAGGCGAACAAAUCGAAAUCCUAGCCGAACAAUCUCAUCAAACUACGGAAAAUGUUGGGGGAGGUAAUAAGGAAUUGAAAAGAGCAACUCAACGAAAGAGUACAGCAAAGUAUGUAUUCUAUGCAUCAUGUGGACUUAGUGCUUUUCUGGUCCUAUGGGAUCUAGUGAUAUAAUAUGAAUUUAGCUAGUUACAGAAGUGGAAAUGGGAAAUGGAAGUAGAAGUGGGAUAUUUUGAUAUCUGAAACUUAUCACGAAUCAACCAUCCGUUGAGCCGCACCAAUCAAAUAUAUAUUAUUCG